UUGACGGUUCCGUCUCCCUGACAGCAGCAGCAGCAGCAGCAGCAGCAGCAUCCGCGGCGGCGCUGGAAAACAAGCCGUGACCGCCUCGCCUCGCCUCGCCUCGCCCGCCCGGAACCGAGCCCAAGCCCACAGCGACCCCCCGCCCCCCGCUUCCUCCGCCUCGGCCUCGAAGGAAGGAAGCCGUCGUCGUCGCGAACCCGAGCACCGGAGCCAUGGACUCCCCGUGAAACCGAGGUGGUGGAGGGGAGAGGCGGGCGGGUGGGCGGGGGGUGGGGGGCGAAGCUCGCGGAGCACCGAGAGGGAGAAGGAGCCACCGGGAACCGCCGUCACCGUCACCACCGCCGCCGCUAGCAGCGACACCCCUGCCGCCGCCGCCGCCGCCGCCUCCGCAGCACCGGGCGCCCCCCCUCCCCUCCCUCCUCCAUCGCCAUGGGAACUCCGCAUCAGUCGCUCCGACCACCGCUUGGUCCGUGGGCCAUGUCGUGAUCCGUGGGCUCCGCCAGCGGGUUUUCUAUCCGUGAGAUCCCGGAGGAGGCAGAGUUGAGGCGGUGGAGCAUGUUCGCCUCGGUGGGCCCGCGGGGCGGCCCGCGCCCACCCGUGGCUCCGGCCAUCCCGGAGCCGGACCUGAGCCACCUGACGGAGGAGGAGAGGAAGAUCAUCAUGGCUGUGCUGGCUCGGCAACGGGAGGAGGAGGCAAAGGAGGAAGCCAUGUUAAAAGAAGAGAAGCCAAUUCAAGCAAGAACGGUCAACUUGGUGGGACAGAAAAAGCCUCCACAACAAAAUGAUGUCCGAGGGAUCCAGCAGCAGCUGUCCAGCUACAGGGAGACGGUUAUCCGGCAGGCCACGGCGGCAACGGGCUCCACCGGCCACCGGGACGACGCACCCACGUGCGGCAUCUGCCAGAAGACCAAGUUUGCAGACGGAUGCGGGAACCUGUGCUCAUACUGCCAGACCAAGUUCUGCGCCCGCUGUGGGGGAAGAGUCUCUCUAAGAUCCAACACGGAGGACAAAGUGGUGAUCUGGGUGUGCAAUAACUGCCGAAAGCAACAGGAGCUCCUCACCAAGCCAGGCGAGUGGUUCACUGGUACCACUGGGAAACCCGGUGGCCUCGGAUCAGCCGUCAGCGAACCGUCCGUGUGCCAAAUCUCUGCUGACAAAAAACUUCGGUCUCGCUCACAAGCACCUCCGACGCAAGAGCCGGGCCGCCUCGGUGCGCCUGGUAUACCUGGCAUCGAUAAUCGGUCAAGAAGUGAACCGCCAAGAGACACGAGAAAUGGUCGUGGGGGAGGAGCUGGGCGAGGACUCAAGUCUCAAGUCUCUGUGGAUCGAGACCUCCAGGGUGUAUCCAGGGAGCGCAAUCGGCGGUUAAGUAAAGGACGCUCAUUGGAGCAUGAUCCUGUUGGAGGAGGUGUUGGGAUGAGACGGACACCAGAGGGGGGAUACCAUCACAUGGACCACAGUGGUGUCCCCCCUCGACAAGCAGGGCUGGUCCCUCCCGGAGGCAGGGGUCAGCCUGUGCCGGCGCAAGGUGGUGUAGGCGUUUUGACAGAGGGCGUUCAGCCUGGACAGAGGACCGUGGGUGGGGUUGGGGGGCUGCAUGAACACAACCCCUCACUACAGGGCCCUCCCCCUGAACUACGAGAACCCCCGGGUUCGGGACCAGGAUCUGUACCAGGUCAGGGAUCUGCUGCAAGACGGACCAAACGAGAGAAGGCUGACAGCAUGCUGCGCAACGACUCGCUCAGCUCAGACCAAUCCGAAUCUCUGCGGCCUCCUCCGCCGAGACCCUACAAGUCCAAACGAGGGUUGGGGGCCGGAGGGAAGAGGCAGACCAGCGUCAGCAGCUCCGAGGAGGAAGGAGGAACUACGCCCGAGUACAGCAGCUGUGAGGAUGCGGAGAUUGAAAGCGUCAGUGAGCGAGGCGACUGGGAGUGCUACCCUCAUGACCCCACCGUCUGGCACCACCCUGUGACUUGGCAGCCAUCGAAGGAAGGCGACCAUCUUAUUGGGCGAAUCACUCUCAGCAAAAGGAGUGCCACCAUGCCGAAAGAAGCGGGGGCACUUCUGGGGUUGAAGGUGGUGGGGGGUCGGGUGACCGAGUCGGGGAGAUUAGGUGCCUUCAUCACCAAAGUUAAGAAGGGGAGUCUGGCUGAUGUGGUGGGGCAUUUGAGAGCCGGGGACGAGGUUUUGCAGUGGAAUGGAAAGCUGUUGCCAGGGGCAACCAUGAAGGAAGUUUACAAUAUAAUCCUGGAAUCUCAAGCCGAGCCUCAAGUGGAGCUGGUGGUCUCCAGGCCUAUUGGGGUUUAUAGAAAAUAUCAUGACAUCCCAAGAAUCCCCGACACGUCCCACCCUCCGUUAGAAUCCACAGGUUCCAGUUCCUUUGAAUCCCAGAAGAUGGAGAGACCAACUUUAAAUGUCCUGUCUCCCUCCAGUCCCGGGAUGCUGCAGGAAGCUUCGCAGCUGAUGCCCGGCCAGCUCUCUUUGAAGCUGUGGUACGACAAAGCCGGUCACCAGCUGAUCGUCAACGUGCUGCAGGCAAUCGAUCUUCCUGUUCGGCACGAUGGAAGACCGCGGAGCCCUUACGUCAAGAUGUACUUCCUCCCCGAUCGCAGCGAUAAGAGCAAACGCAGGACAAAAGCAGUGAAGAAAACCUGCGAGCCCAAGUGGAACCAAACCUUCGUCUACACUCACGUCCAUCGCAGGGAUUUUCGCAACCACAUGCUGGAACUGACCGUCUGGGACCAGCCAAGGUCUCCAGAGGAGGACAGCGUUUUCAUGGGAGAGGUCCUGAUCGAACUGGAGACAGCGUUGCUGGACGACAAACCUCACUGGUUUCCGCUUCAAACUCAUGAUGUCUCAUCCAUCCCACUGCCCAAGGCCUCCCCCUACCUGCCCAGACGACACACACACCCAGACACGCCAGGCAGAAAGCUACAGCGUUCUCAGCGUGUAACAGAAGCUGAAUUUGAUGAGGGUUCAGUGUCUAAAGCAGCGGACUCACGUGGGCGGGAGAGACAGCGAGAACCCGCCUCCACCCUGGAGGUCCCGGAACAGCAGCGGGCACCUUCCCAUCACAUACGAUCGCGCUCAGUGUCGCCACACCGCGAGGAGCAGGGACGCCUACGGUCGAGACCGCCCAACGUUCCUGCCCAGAGGAGUUUGGAUGACGAGCUUCCGCACAGCCGUCGUUCUCGCUCUCCGACUCGCUUUCAUGACUCCUCCAGAGGUCGUCGCCAGGAAGAGGAGUACCUGGAUGACAGUGAGGUCAUCAUGAUCCACCAGUCAAUGCGCGGCAAAAGUGCAGAGUGCCUCCACACCAGGAGGUCGUCUAAGCACCGUCACUCACUCCCACCGAGGAUGCCGCUGUUGUUCAACGGCAUCCCCUCUCAGCAGAACAGCUCCACGAUGCCCGCAUGCCGAAAGAUACAAACAUCUUUCAAGGGGUCGCACACAGUCAUGAAAACCUGCAGCUCCGUCACUCAGAGCAUUUUCAUGUUCACUGAUGAGGCGCGAGUUCGUGAUCUCCAGUCCUCUCUUGGAAGGGUUAGAAGUGCUAGCACCAACUGUCUGCCGCCAGACAAACAUGCCCCUUCACCAGAUUCCGAAAGAAAGUCAUUCUACCAUUCCCUGCCCCGGAGACGUCCUGCGAGUCCCAGGAUUCUUAUCCAACAUGCUUCCCCUGAAGACGACAGGCAGCCUCGGACCCUGGAAGCGCCUGAGUGUCAGACUGCUGGCAGGAAGCUCUCUGACAGUGGCAGUCACCACCAAGGUGGUCCGUCUCAUACCUCCUCAGUGAUGUCCUCCUCGGGACGAAGAGUCCGGCAGCUCCCUCAACUUCCACCCAAGAGCAGCAGUGUAGAACAAGCCCUGGUAGCAGAGGAGCGAGUUCGUCAGCUCCAGAUGAGGGUUCAUUCCAACCGAGUGUCAGCUGCCAAAACGUCCAGCCAACAGGAUCUGGACCGAACCCUGAAGAACAAACGACAGUUGUUCAAGGACCAGAGGACCAGCAGUGAGAACGUAUCCCAUAAGUCCUCAGACAGUGAUGUCAGUGAUGUGUCAGCCAUUUCUCGAACCAGCAGUGCCUCUCGCAUCAGUAGCACCAGCUACAUGUCCAUCCAGUCAGAGAGACCUCGGGGACGCUUCAGCCGGGCGAUGCGUGCGACGGGACGUCACAUGCUGAAGAGCACCAGCGUGAGCGGUGAGAUCUACGGCAUGGACCACGUGGACGGCAGCCAGUCCGAUACUGCGCUGGGGAGCCUGGGAAGCGGAAUCAAGAAGCGGCGAUCCAGCCUCAGCCAACGCGUGGUCGCCAUCCUGCCGUCCAGACGCAGCCGCAGUACCUCACAGCUCAGUCAGACAGAGGCGGCGGGUAAGAAGGCGGACAGACAGAAAGAAACAGGGGAAGGUGAAGUAGACCACACCCAGGCAGACAAAGUGAUUGACAGCGAGGGAGUGAUGAAGAGUAGCUUGACAGAGGUGCCUACGGGUAAGAAAGUAGGCAAGGCUGGCAGCAGCAGCAUCCAGAGGAGCGUGGAGACAGGCAUGGCUGUGGAGUAUCCACGAGGAGGGUCGGCCAUGAACCGCCAAGCCAGCAGAGAGUCCACUGACGGGAGCAUGAACAGCUACAGCUCUGAGGGGAAUCUGAUCUUCUCAGGGAUGAGGUUGGGUGCCGACAGCCAGUUCAGUGACUUCCUGGACGGUCUCGGACCCGGUCAGCUGGUGGGCCGCCAAACACUUGCCACGCCUGCGAUGGGUGACGUUCAGAUCGGUCUGAUGGACAAGAAAGGCCAGCUGGAGGUGGAGGUGAUCAGGGCACGCGGCCUUACCCCCAAACCAGGCUCAAAAUCCCUCCCAGCUCCCUACGUCAAGGUGUAUCUGCUGGAUAACGGAACUUGUAAAGCCAAAAAGAAAACUAAGAUUGCACGAAAGACCCUGGAGCCUCUCUACCAGCAGCAUCUGCUCUUCGAGGAGGGUCCCCAGGGCAAGGUGCUUCAGGUGAUCGUUUGGGGCGACUACGGACGACUGGACCACAAAUGUUUCAUGGGUGUAGCACAGAUCUUACUGGAGGAGCUGGACCUCUCGAGCACGGUGAUUGGAUGGUACAAACUCUUUCCGCCGUCCUCCCUGGUGGACCCGACGUUAGCUCCCCUCACGCGAUUGGCGUCUCAGACAUCAUUGGACAGCUCAGGACAAACUCUGGGCGUUCGGUCCUAGUGACCAAAUGACCACUACCAACAGCCCGGUAUCCCUUAAUCGAGAAAAAAACAAAUACUGGACCACAACUGAGCAGAGGGCGCAGACGUGCCUGUGGACACUGAGACGAAGGCGACCUCGGUCAAAGCCAGACGGAGAGACAGGGAACAAGAGAGAGAGGGAGAGACAGAACUAGCCAAUCAAAGCUUAGCUGGAGUCUGACAAUCACGUCUCACACCCUCCCUCCACUCCCCCCCCUCCUCCCCCGACGCCUCUUACCCUUGCUUUCUUUGCUUUUCCUGUGAGCUUUCGUCCAAACUCCUCACCCCCUCGACCUUGUUUGUCUCUCCAGAGCACCUGAUCUAGGUGGAGCCCUGCCCCCCACCCAGUAGCCUCCGAGCCAAUCAGAGCAGAGCCAACAGCUCGGCCGCUAGAACGAGGGGGCGUAACCGGAUCAGUAGCACAGAUGAGUGGGUGUGUUACCACGGUAACAGUGUGUCCGACGCAUUGAGCACAAGACGGUUUCCGGUUUGGAGAUUCUACUCUCUGUCGAGCAAAGACCGAAGUAAACAGAGGCCAAAUUUACGGUUUGAGUUUGCGUUACGAUUAUUUUUCGGUUCUGCCGAAAGUUCAGACGGGUUCCUGAGGCGCCAACUCCCUCGGCGUACGUGUGCGACGCAGUGCCAAACGCCGACGACGCAGGUCAGGUGGCAUUCAGAACCGCCCUCGCCCCGUCCCUGUCCUGACCUCACUAACUCCCCCUGUAGGCGGGAGCAGCAUGACUCGGGUGAGCGGGGGGGACCCGGCGCCCCCCCACCUCUUCGGCCCCAAGCUGCAUGCAUGUUUCUUUCGUUUCCUGUUUGUUUCGUUUCCUUUGUUUUGUAUUCUACUUUUUUUGUAAAAACCGAAGAGGAGACGAAAUUCAACAAUUCUCGAGAGAGAAGAAACAAAAAAAAAGAGAAAAGAAAAAAAGUCUAGACUAUGUGUGUUAGUUCCACAUACCUUUAGGCCAGCUUGUAUGUUGCAUGUUCUUGUACAGUUUGCUUGUACUGAAUAUGAUACAAACCGAGAAAAGCCAAGCCAUCCCCCUCCCACCCCAGAGUGGGACAAGGUCGACUCCGCCCGGGCCACGCCUGCCACUCCGGGACUAAAUAUCCAAACGAUCAAGUCUCUGCUAAAGAAAGAUCUUUGUUUCUGUUUGUUCUUUUCGGGUAUUUUGAGCAACAGUGCUGUUCUGUAGUCCUGAGCUUCCUCCAGCCCCGGCUAACUGGCCACGUAGGUGUCGACGCUGUAGUUUCAGACUGUCGGGGCUCGAGACCGAGAUAGAGAAUGUGCGUAUCACAGCCUUGUAAAUGAAGUAUCCUUAUGAGUUUGACAGAAAUUAUAAAGAUAUAGAUAUAUAAGAGUGUAUCGGCGUGUACACACACACUCUCACACACACACACACACACUUGUACAUACAAAUUUAGGAUGAGCGGCUUGAACCUAAGUUACGAACAAAUGACACAUCUAUGACACAUUCCUGAUCUCGAGGGGAAUUUCGUGUCCCACCAUUGUGCUCCAGCCGCUGAGCGGUGCGGAGCCACAAGGGGGCGCUGAUAGGCCUUUAUUUUUCUUCCCAGUUGCAGAAAAAAAAAACAAAAAACAAUUGAACUAUUUUCCCGUGAGUCACUCUUGUUGAUGGCGGUUGGUUUGGACUGGACUUCUAAAGCCAAUGAGCGAUCGGAGCUGCAGACGUUUGUGUUGAAUUCCUUGGCGGUGUGGCCGACUGCCCUUUCCUUUGUCAGUAUUACUGCAGGAAUACUGAUUGUUUACAGCCCACGGCUCCCCAAUCUCCCCCCUCCUUCCCCCUCCUCUCUCCCCCCCCACCCCACUCCCAGAACCACAGUUCUAGACGAAAGACGAAGUAUUCACUGCAACAGUUCUUGUUUGUAUAACAGAUGUGGCUCUACUGAUGUGUAUGUUUUAUAUUCAAGAGUUCAUUUUUAUUAUUUACAAAUAAAAAGACUGUGUGGAAGAAGAUCCUGUCUUUUUCAAA